ACACACAUACACUUCUGUUAUCAUGUAUUUUUAUUAUUAUUAUAAAUCAUAAUUAAAUAAUGCUAUAAAAAAUAUGAAUCAUUAUAAAUCUUUUGAUUUUCAAAAUUAUUAUAUAUCCUUUGUAUUAUUUAACAUAGUAUUUAAUUAUUAAAUAUUAUACAUUAUUUCAUUUGUAUUAUUAAUGGUAGGCCUACUCGUUUUUGAGUUGUUGAGGUCAUACGUUUACAUACGCCUUGCGGAAUCUGCAAAAUGUCAUUUUAUUGAAUUUUUUAAAUUUAGAGGGAUCAUAAAACUUGCAUUUAGUUUUUUUUUAUUUAAUCCUGCCCUGAACAAGCUGUUUCACAUAACAGAUGUUUACAUAUAAUCCACAAGACACAAUAAUGACUGAAUUUACACAAAUGAACCGGUACAAAAGUUUACACACGCUUGAUUCUUAAUACCGUGUGUCGUUACCUGGAUGAUCAACGACAUGAUGCUUUUAUGUUUGGUGAUGGUUGUUCUUCUGCAUAUCUGACCCCUUUCCAACAGCGGCUAUAUGAUGUUGAGAUCUAUCUUUUCACACUGAGGACGACUGAGGGACUCAUACAUGACUAUUACUAAAGGUGCAAACAUUCACUGAUGCUCAAGAAGGCGACACGAUACAUUAAGAACCAGGGGGUGUAAACUUUUGAACAGGAUGAUCGGUGUAAAUUGUUGUUAUUUUGUUUAGAGACCUUUUUUUUUUCCAUUUAGCACUGCCCCUCAGAAGCUACAUGUUUCCUAGAAGUCAAAUGAUUAUAUAUGAUUAACAUUUUGCAGAUUCUGCAAGGCGUAUGUAAACUUAUGACCUCAACUGUAUUAAAACACAUUCAGUUCAAAGGACCAGAUGAAGUAGCUAAUAACUGUAAGGCUCGAACUGUAAUUAUUAAUCACUUAUAAUGGUGAGUUGUGAUUAAAAAAAAUAUUAAUACUAAAACUCUAAUCAUUUGUAUGCCCCACUUUUUGGGUCAAGGCUAUGAACUAUUUAAACAAUUGAACAUGAUCUAAACAUUAUAUUUUGGGUUGUAGGAUUAUAACAUCUUGGAAUUCUUUCUAUAUUUAGAAAAAAUAAAGGUAACUUUUCCUUCUUUUCAUUCUACUGGUAUGCAAACUUUGUCACUAAACUGUAUUAUAUGUAAGGUACGUAUACAUUCAAGUACAAAUUUAAAAAAAAAAAGGCAAAGAGAAAAAAAGGGUUUUUCUUUGGCCAUGAAUAGGUUUUGUGUUCCUAAAGUAGGUCUAGCUUCACCUGAUCUGGGAAACACACACCCGUUCAGAAAUGGCUUAACUUCUGUGAGUGUCUGAAUCAUUUCAUCCAAAUCUCAACUGAACAACAGAAUAAUACUGCCAAUAUGCGUGUUGUAUAACACAUUUUCAUUGAUUUUAAUCUUCCCUUUUGUAACCAAGAAGGAAAGUACGGAGAGUGUUAGGAGAAAGGAGUUAUAAUUCAGUAGUCCUUCAUUAAUACAACAAUGAGAGAUUCAUUUCUCUGGUGAUAAAGAACAAAAAUUGGUCGACUUGGUCCUGACUUGCUCUGAAGACUUUUAGCAUUGUGCAUGUGCGAGUCCAUGGAAGACAUGAUGUUUUAUUUUGCAAUCACAGGCACUGACUGUUUACUAUUCAUCUGGCCCAAUGGACCUACGCUGGUUAAUGCUUUUGUGGGCACCAACGUGACACUUGGCGUUUCGUAUAGCGGAGUCACCGAGCCUCUAGUGACGUGGUUGAAAGGGACAUUUAUCCUGGCCACGUGGACCAUAGGCCUCAACACUCCUCCUCCAGCCAUCGCCCCGGCGUACAGCAAUGUCUUAUCCAUCGAUCAGACCGGAUCUCUGGUCUUCAACAAGGUUCCCGCCAGCUACAGCGGCACAUACACGGUGCAGAUGGUGAAGCCCGGGGCUCAUGAAGCUUCAGUCAACUUUACACUUUCGGUGUACAACAUCAUCACAGCCGUUUCUGUGGUCGCGGUCUCGCAAGACGUUAUAGAGGGAGGACCGCCGUUCACGCUGUCUUACAGCUCUAUGCAAGGACCGGUCUUGACUUCAAUGUGGUACUUUAAAGGCUCGGCGGUGGUGAACAGUUCUCGGUACCUGAUAACUCCGAAGAGUCUGACCAUCAAUCAGCCGAACCACAACGACACGGGGAUCUACAGUGUGGUGCUCACAAAUCCAUUCAGUAACGUGACACAGAGCGAGAACAUCACGGUGCUGUAUGGACCAGAUCAGCCGGUUUUGGAGGUCAGUCCCACAAAAGCAGCCUUUGUUUCUGGAGAGACUGUCUCUCUGUCCUGCCGAGCUGAAGGUGUACCGCCUCCCUCGGCCUCGUGGGUGUUUAACGGCCAGCCGCUGCCCAGCUCCAACGGCACACUGCAACUCGCCCAUGUUCAGGCGAGCCAGAGCGGCGUUUACAAGUGUGUUCUGGUUAACAGCAGGACCAGCAUGGGUAUUACGAGGAACGUCACCAUAAACGUCUUGGGCCUUAGCGGGUCAGCCAUUGCUGGUAUAGCUGCCGGAGUUCCGUGCGCCAUCCUCCUGCUGCUGCUCUUCGCAGGCCUCGUCUACCUCUCUUUCCACUGCUAUAAAAAGAAAGCAACUCAAAAUCUCAGAUAUCCCAUCGCAGGAGCCGUGAAGAAAGCGGUUAUCAGUCAGCCUGAACUGACCAAACCUCAGCACCUGCUGACCAGCGGCUUUAAACUGCCUCCACCCUACAAUCCCCACCAUCACCAGGCGCAGAGUGAACGUUCAGGCUGGCUGCCGUUAGGAAUUCCACCUGUCCGAAUGGCCACUACGGUGUAAUACAACCUCAACUCGGUGACCAGUAAUAUUUUUCCAUGUCCUAAAGACAUUUGAUAAGAGACCUGGCAUUGUCCAGAUCUACCUCACACACUAUUCAUCAUCAACCAAAGCUUUAAUCAUUUCCUGCUUUAUUCAUUGUAAUUUAGAGAAAUUAUAGUCGAGGUCAUACGUUUACAUACGCCUUGCAGAAUCUGCAAAAUGUUUUUAAAAAAUUUAACAUCCGGUUCAAAAGUUUACCCCCCCCCCCGGCUCUUAAUGUAUCGUGUUGCCUUCUCGAGCAUCAGUGAACGUUUGGACCUUUUGUAAUAAUUGUGUACGAGUCCCUCAGUUGUCCUCAGUGUGAAAAGAUGGAUCUGAAUAUCAUAUAGCCGCUGUUGGAAAGGGGUCAAAUAUGCAGAGGAUGCCGGAAAAGCAAAGAAUGUGCAGGACCUGGAGGAUUUCUCUGAAGAACAGUGGGUAGUUUAACUGCUCAGGACAAACAAGGGACAAACAACUCGUGAACGACUCUCACAAAACAUAAACACAGUCGUUGAUCAUCCAGGUGACGAGAAGUGUGUAAACUUUUGAACGGGUUAAUUUGUGUAAAUUCAGUUAUUAUUGUGUCUUGUGGACUAUAUAAAUAUCUGCUAUGUGAAAUAGUUUAUUCAGGACAAAACAAAAUGCAAUUUUUAUGAUCUCUCUCUCUCUUUUUUUUUUUUUUUUUUUUCAAUUCUAAACAUUUUGCAGAUUCUUCAAGGUGUAUGUAAAAUCUUAACCUCAGCUGUACCUUAAAUGUAGGAACAAAUAACUGUUCAACAUUUCAACAAGCUGGCCGUUAACCCAGAACACACACUCUUAACGUUCAUUUGCGGCUCUGCAACCUCCUCCUUUUAAGCCACAGACCGUGAAUGACUCGAUAAACACAAAAAGAUGCUUAAUAUGCACUUUUACCUUGUGAAUUGAUGUAUUUUUAUUAAGUUGAUUUUUUUUUAUAAAUAAACUACAUAUAUAAAUGAA